AUGGACAGAUGGAUGAAGGAGAUGAACGACGAUGAGAACGACGACGAUGAUAAUGACGACGAUGAGAAAGACGACCGUGACGACCACGUCGGCAAUGUCGACCGCAAUAAUGACAAUAACAACGAUGGCAGCAAUCAAGAUGAAGAUGACAACGGCGGUACAUUGAGGACCCUCGGGUACGGCCUGUCCAAGAGGAAGUUCGCCUUCUCAACGUGGGUUGACAAAACUCGUUUCGAAUGCCCCAACAUCAAAACGUGCGCCUUCAAGGAAUUCGAUUACAUUGGAGAUGAAGAGGACAGCAAGGAGCUACUUAGAACGUGGACGGACGACAUGGGACCUGACCAGCCGAAGAACAGCAAGCUUUUCACUCCGUGGGGCCGAUCCAGGCGAAAGAACUUUGUUCAACACCCUCCCGUCACUCUGGCCACCAUUCUCUUCGUCUGGCUUCACAUUUGCGGAGAUCUCAGAGGAAUGAUAGAAGUUUUCACCUGCGCUCCCGAAAUCAUUGCGCGUGAUGUCCGGAAGGCCAACCUUGAACGCCUGUUUCAUUUCAGUGUCUUUGACAUUGUUUUGAGACAAUGUCAAGAGGCUAUCUUCGAGGAAGGAUCCGUCACCGCUAGCCGCCUGAUCCGCUCUAUCACCCACAUUCUGGUCAACCGCAUCUGUGAACGCAGCACUCCGGACAUCACAGCGGAAGGCAUAGAUGAGAAACUCCGGUUUUUGUUCUCGGAUAUGCCUCGCGUCCAGGAGGGGAAUAUGCGUUUCUACGGCAUCCGGUGCGGUCUCGUGUACGGAUCAAUGGCUGCGUAUGAGCGCAAGCACUACAAUUGCUAG